AUGGCUGGUAAAUGCCAUGAAGUGGAUUAUGACUACCUCCAGAAGUCUGAGAAGGUCACCAUGCAGAACCUGAACAACCGUCUGGCUUGCUACCUGGAGAAGGUGCGAUCUCUGGAGGCUUCCAAUGCCAAUCUGGAGAAGAUAAUCCGGGACUACUACGAGAAGAAAAGGCCCAUCUGUCAGAGGGACUACAGCUGCUUCUUGAACACCAUCCACUGUCUGCAAGAAAAGAUACGUGAGGCUACCAUCAAAAAUGCCAGCAUCAUCCUGCAGAUCGACAAUGCUAAAUUGGCUGCUGAUGAUUUCAGAAUAAAGUGAGAUUACUCUUUGAUACGUCAGUGUGUGGAGGCAGACACUUCUAAUCUGCGCUACAUACUAGAAAAGACAUGCCUGUCAAAAACCGACCUGGAGGCACAGAUCUGCCUUUUGGAGGAAGAACUUGCAUUCUUGAAAAAGAAACACCAGGAGGAUGUGGAGGCACUGAUUUGUCAGUUAUCACAGACAGUGUGUGUGGAAGUGGAUGCAGCUCCACAGCAAGACCUGAAACAAGUUUUGGAAGAAAUACGUUCUCAUUAUGAGACCAUUAUAGAUAAACACCGCAAGAAGCAGGAGUGCUGGUUCAGAGAGAAGACAGCGGAACUGUGCAAACAUGUGGCCGGCAACACAGAGUGCAUGGAAACCUCAAGGUCACAAAUUGCAGAUUUGCGACGCACGUUGCAGUGCCUGGAGAUCGAACUACUGUCUCAAAUCAACAAGAAAGGAGCACUGCAAUGUUCACUGGGAGACACAGAGGCUCGGUAUGGUGCGAUGUUAGCUGAAUUCCAGAAGCAUAUCAACAUACUGGAAGCAGAACUGUGUCAGGUGCACACUGGUAUUGAGCAACAGGGCAGUGACUAUGAUGCACUGCUGGACAUCAAGAGCCGCCUGGAGAAGGAGAUCGCCACCUACAGGUGCUUGCUGGAAAAUCAGGACAUCAGGUGA